AUGGCGUCGGGCCCCGGGGGGGGGGGGCCGGGGCAGGGUGCGGGGAGACACAGGGCUGCGCCCCCGCCCGGCCGGGACCCCUCUGGCCCUCACCCUCGGUCCCCCGCCGCCCCUCCGCACCGGCCGUCGGCGGCCUCGACGCUCCCCCGGCUCACCACGGCCGCCCAGGGCCCCCCCAGAGCCCCCCCCGCCCCCUCGCCCCGGGAGCGCUUCGGGGACCUGCAGGCGGGCAUCUGCCUGGCCAUCCGGAGGAGCGACGGCCGCAUCCACUCGGCCGUGGUCACCUCGCUCAACCCCGACCAUGACAGCGUCACGGUGGAGUGGGUCGAGCAGGGGGGCAGCAAGGGCAAGAAGGUGGACCUCAACAGCGUCUUCCUUCUCAACCCCAACCUGGCCCCCGCCCUCCCCCGGGAGGAGCCCCCGCAGUCCCCCGGCCCUCCGGCGCCCCGCUCGGCCGAGGGCGACCGGCCGGCGCCCGGCCGGCGCCCGGGGGUCACCCCGCUGAAUGGCGAGAUCCCGUGCGGGGACAGCCCGGCGGUGACCCCGGCCCCCUCCACGACCCCUUCCCCGUGGAGGUGGCGCAAAUCCCAGUGCGUGCGGGAGGUGGAGAGGCUGCGGGAGCGACGGGAGAGCAGGAGGCGGAAGCUGAAGGAGGCCGAGGCCCACCGGGGCCGGGGGCCGACCGGGGAGUGGGCGGCCGGGGCCGGGGCCCACCCCAACCGGGAGAUCUCGGGCAUGAUCCAGGAGUACCGGCGGCGGCUGGACCGGGCCCGGAUCCCCUCCGCCGGCCGCCGGCCCGCGGACGACCGCCGCAUCUGCGUCUGCGUGCGCAAGAGGCCGCUGAACCCCCGGGAGCUGGCCAUGAGGGACCUGGACGUGGUGACCAUCCCCGCCGGCGACAUCGUCCUGGUGCACGAGUCCAAGCAGAGGGUGGACCUGACCCGCUACCUGGACCACCAGACCUUCCGCUUCGACCGCGCCUUCGACGCCACCGCCUCCAACGAGGUCGUCUACCGCCACACGGCCCAGCCGCUGGUCCGGACCAUCUUCCGCCGGGGCCGGGCCACCUGCUUCGCCUACGGCCAGACGGGCAGCGGCAAGACCCACACCAUGGGCGGCGACUUCUCGGGCCGGGACCCCGAGGGCUCGGCGGGCAUCUACACGCUGGCCGCCCGCGACGUCUUCCUGCUGCUCGCGGAGCCCGGCUACGGGCGGCUGGGGCUCAAGGUGUUCUGCACGUUCUUCGAGAUCUACGGCGGCAAGGUGUACGACCUGCUCAACUGGAAGAGGAGGCUGCGGGUCCUGGAGGACGGCAAGCAGCAGGUCCAGGUGGUGGGCCUGCACGAGGAAGAGGUCGCCCGCGUGGAGGACGUCCUGAGCCUCCUGGAGCUGGGCAACGGCUGCCGGAUGUCCGGCCAGACCUCGGCCAACGCCCACUCCUCCCGCAGCCACGCCAUCUUCCAGAUCAUCCUGCGGACCGGUACCGGCGCCUUGCACGGCAAGUUCUCGCUCAUCGACCUGGCCGGCAACGAACGGGGCGCGGACACGUCCAGGGCCAACCGGCAGAGGCAGCUGGAGGGCGCCGAGAUCAACAAGAGCCUCCUGGCCCUCAAGGAAUGCAUCCGGGCCCUGGGCCGCAACAAGCCCCACACCCCCUUCCGGGCCAGCAAGCUCACCCAGGUCCUGCGCGACUCCUUCAUCGGGGUCGACUCGGCCACGUGCAUGAUCGCCACCAUCUCGCCGGGGAUGACCUCCUGCGAGAACACGCUCAACACGCUGCGCUACGCCAACAGGGUGAAGGAGCUGGCGGUCGACCCGGGCACCGUGUGCCACGUCCACGGGGCCCCAGAGCCGGGCCCCCCGGCGGGGGCCGGGACCCCGGGGGGGCCGCCCGACCGUCCGGACGCGCUCCGCGUCCGGGACGAGGAGGGGCAGCCCGCUCCGGAGCCGGGGGCCCGAUCCCCGGUGUCGCCCUGCGGGGACCUCGGCCAGUGGCUCGGGACCGUCCUGGACGCGGCCCAGGGCGUCAGCUGCGAUAUCGACUUCCGGGCGGCCGAGUUUGAGAGCGCCCUGGAGCAGAAGAUCGGGGUCCUGGCCGAAAUCCUAGCCAAAGUCAAGGGCUUCCGGGCCGACCUGCGGUAACGGCCGGGCUCCGACGGGGGGGGGGGGGGCGAGGGCCUUAGGGGGUCCGGGCCCACCCAGGUAGUCGGACCAGAGCGCCGCCCUCUUAAAACCUCUUCAAAUCCGCCCGUC